AUGGAGAACACGAAUGUUGUAGAAGAGGAAAUAACACUAGAAAAAGAAGAAGGAAAAGAAGUCUAUCUUGAAGAAAAAGAUGUGGGAAAUGGAAGAAACCUUGUAAGGAAUGGUUUAUUUGAUUUGGAAGCUGGUCGAGAUAGCAGAUUAAAUAAUACUCGUCAGACAGCAGAUUGGGGUACCAUUGCAAAGCUUGCAUUUCAAUGCAUUGGUGUUGUGUAUGGUGAUUUGGGCACAUCUCCAUUGUAUGUGUUACCUGGAAUUUUUCCGAAUGGCGUCAAGCACGAUGGCGAUCUCCUUGGCGUACUGUCUUUGAUUAUCGACUCCCUUGUUUUCAAUGCAUUGAUAAGCACCUGUAUUCUAGUCCUGCCUUCAGUCUUACUCGCCCAUUUGGGCCAGUGUUCUUAUCUUCGCAAACAUAUGGAGGAUGUUACUAAUGCCUUUUAUAGCUCAGUCCCCAAAUCACUGUAUUAUUGGCCACAAUUUAUACUAGCAGUAUUGGGAACAAUUAUUGCUAGUCAGUCACUAAUAUCAGCUUCUUUCUCCAUCAUCCAACAAGCUGUAGCACUUAACUGUUUCCCUCGGGUUAAAGAGGUGCAUACAUCUACAAAAUAUGAGGGGCAGGUUUAUGUUCCUGAGAUCAACACUCUGCUUAUGCUGGCCUGUGUAGGGGUCACCCUUAGUUUCAAAAAUACGUUGCACAUUUCCAAUGCCUAUGAAUCUAAUGCACACGCAUUUCCUAACGAUGUUAAUUUUUUUGUCGAUGUUCUUCUUACAAGACUUGCUGUUGCAUUUGUUUUUAUAAUUACAUCCGCAUUUAUGGUUCUUGUGAUGGUGAUGAUAUGGAAGACGCACGUCAUUUUCAUCAUCCUCUAUGUCUUGACCACUGGUCUUCUCGAACUCUCAUUUGUGAGCUCGGCGCUAUACAAGUUUGUUGAUGGAGGUUACCUUCCUUUAUUAUUUGCCCUCGUUAUGGUGGCUAUCAUGUCUGUUUGGAGCUAUGGCUCCCCGGAAAAAGGAAUAUCUCCUAUAUUCACUCGCUAUGUUUCAAGUGUCCCAGCUUUGCAAUCGGUCCUCGUAUUUGUUUCGAUAAAGUCGCUGCCUAUUAGCAGAGUCCCUGUGGAAGAACGAAUCUUGUUUCGGAGAGUAAGGUCUCACCAGCUGGUUUUUCAGUGCAUUGUGAGAUACGGAUAUAAAGAUGCAACAAAAGAUCAUAAUUUAUUCGACGAGAUGUUGGUGAAUCAGUUGAAAGAGUUUACAGAGGAAGAUAAUAAUGGAGAAGACUUGAGAGGAAGAGAGCUAGCGUUGGUUGAUAAUGCACUAAAGGAUGGUGUUGUUUAUCUAAUGGGUGAGGGGGAGGCAAUGGUUGGUGAUGGCUGUUAA